AUGACAGAGUCGAUUCCUGCAGUCCGCCGCAACGGGCUGCUACAAUCCUGCGAGCCGUGUCGCAAAUCGAAACUCAAGUGCGAUCAUGCAAGGCCAGUCUGCGGUAGAUGCACUGCCAAGAAUCGCACUCAGGGGUGCUUUUAUCAUCCUGCGCCCAUGACGAAGCAGGCCACCGCAAGUCAGACCCGUCCAGUCAAAAGGCCAAGAACAGAAUCUUCGAACUCCAGCCCGUCAUCUGUCUCUGCAGCGGAAUUUCCUGGGCUUCGCGUCACUUCGCAACCGCCAUCAGUCACUCCAGGCUAUCUAGGGUCAACAAGCUUUUCGGCUGUUUUUAGCGAGCAUCGCACGGACAUCUCAUUCGAAGAAGACAAUGCCGCCAAUAGCGGAGCUUUGGCGAAGCCUUUAGAUCGUUUUCGCCUUCAGUCUGCCUUGGAAGUGUUGAAGUUUCUUCAUCAAAGCACGAUAUGCGAUAGCUUAAUCCGACAAUUUUAUGCUGGGCACUUGAUGGCCGCUGUCUCGAAUAUCAUCAUGGAAGCUAUUUUGCAAUCUCUUCGACGGGUACUGGACAGCCUUGACCCGGGCCUGAACUUUGAAUCCCAGCUUCAGAAUCUAGCGUACCAGAUCUUUCGGAGCUCAGCUCAUCCUUUGACGGCGCAUAGUUCCAUGACCGUUGAGGAGUACUGUGCGUCGUUCACGGGCGAAAACUUGCGAUGGGAGGCUGUGGGUAUUAUUCUAGCUACAUCUGGGAUUGCCUUGUUGUCCUCUUCAGAGAGCGACCCUGGUCUUAUCAGAGUAGCUCCUGAUGCUCAGGCUAGAGACCUGCUCCAGGCUCAAGUGAUCGAAGCGAGCAGUAUCUGCCUUGGGUUCUGUGAUACCUCGACCUCAGUAAACGAGCUUCUCGGAUUCUAUCAGUAUAAUGACAUGCUCCUGAGGACCCAAUAUUAUGGAGACACAAGCUAUCUGGCCUGGCGCAGGCUUGGUGGCCUAACAGCAACUAUUUAUGCAGCCGGCCUUCACCAAGAAAGUACUCGUGCUCAGGAUUGUCCCCCUUUUCUUCAUCAAUGGAGGAUGGUUUGUUUCGCUUCCGCAUUCUAUGCCGACAAGUGUUUGUCCACAUUUGUGGGAAGACCGCCAUUCAUCAACUACCGAUACUGCUCACUCUCACCUCCUCUGGACCUAAGCGAUGAGGAUCUCAUCGCUGGUGGCGAGCGCCUGAACCAAGCUAUCUCUAAGCUGGACGCGGCGGGAUGGAAUCCCCAAGGAAAUGAUCUUCGAGUGAGCAUGAAGCGUCUCCGCUUCCUACUAGCGGUACUUCGUGAACAGGCUCUUGAGAUAGCCUUGGGAACGUUUGAUGAGACGGAUAUCUUACAGAAAUACAACAAGGUGAUUGAAACCGCACGAGAUAUGUGGGAUGCUUGUCCGACCCAUCUACGUUAUGAUAAGUACGUCAGCACUGAAGAUGAUUCCAUGUCCAUCACCUUUGCGAGACGCCACAUCUACCUUGAUUAUCUCUACACCCUCUUUUUGGUACAGAGGAUGGUUGUCAAACGUACAAAUACCGGCCAUGAAGCACUAUUCAGUACAUCUCGAGAAGUUUUAUCUAUCAUCCUCGAGGUAACCAACGACCGCGACCCGCGCGUCGAUAUAAGCAGGCAUCAGUCCUGGGUUGUACUCUACUACGGACUUCCAAGUGCAAGCAUUCUGGCAUUCGAGCUGCUCCGUCAGACUCAAGAACCUGGGCCGCAUCCAGUGAUGCUUCCACGCGCCGAAGUAAUCCGCAAUCUGAGUAUCUUUGUGUCGUGUCUGUCCUGGGUAGCUCGCCCUGGACAGGGUAACUACCGCACGUGCAAGGCCGUCGAAAAGAAGCUUUCCGAUAUUCUCGACCAGAUUCUAGACCCACAGCCUAUCCAGAGAGACUAUUUGGGAGGCGACAACGACGGACUGUACAGCUUGCUGAACUGGUACAGCCCUGAUAACUGGGAGUUCGACCCAUUCGAGUUUCCAUCGAAUGAUGGAUUUCCAUAUUGA